UUGAAAUUUGAAAACGCACCAUUCCCUUCUAUCACAUUGUGCAAUUUAAAUCCGUACAAAAAAAGUGCUAUAAAUCUCAACCCAGAGACAAAGGCAAUGAUAGACGCUUAUUCUAAGCGAAUAUCAGCCGGGGACAAGUCGGAAGGUAUUGCCGCCGCUUUAGCAUCUCACUUUCACUCAAGAGGUACGCCAUGCUCCUACCCUACUUUUGCUUUUUUUCUCUUUGAACUUCCGAUACUUCAUUUGUGA